AUGCACCGGUGGCCACUAUUCCUGGUUUUACUCCUGCUGCCGCUAAUCAAGAGCGAUGUGAGUCACCUACCCAAGGACUACAUUCCCCCCACGCCAGAAGAGGAGGAGUCACUGCAGUCUAUAGAUCAUCAGGAGACGCCCCUCCUUCAUCGCGAACAUGAAGAACACGAACACGAUCCUGAGGGACAUUCCAAUGACGUCAAUGGCUUCUAUCCGAGUUUGGGUCUGCCUCUGCCCCCGGGCUAUGCGGUGCCCACGGGGAAUAAUGUGCCGCCGCCGCCCGCCCAGCCGCCCAACUUCCCGCUACCCAUCUACCCGCCCUACUUUGGCUUUGGUGGACCCCAGGAAUCCGUGGAUCCUAAUGGAAGUCCGUUUGGAAGCGGUCCACCGAAUGCGGCCAUACAGCAGCCACCACAAGGGGCACCCUUUCCACAGGGUGGUCCGUUCCCUAAUGGUGGACAGAUUGGUCCAUUCCCAGGUCAAGGAGGUCCAUUCCCAGGACAAGGAGGUCCAUUCCCAGGACAGGGUAGUACAUUCCCAGGACAGGGAGGCCCAUUCCCAGGACAAGGAGGUCCAUUCCCAGGACAGGGUAGUACAUUCCCAGGGCAGGGAGGUCCUUUCCCAGGACAGGGUAGUCCAUUCCCAGAGCAGGGAGGUCCAUUGCCAGGACAGGUAGGUCCAUUCCCAGGACAGGGUAGUCCAUUCCCAGGGCAGGCAGGUCCUUUCCCAGGGCAGGGAGGUCCAUUCCCAGGACAGGGUAGUCCAUUCCCAGGACAGGGAGGUUCAUUCCCUCAACAGGGUAAUCCAUUCCCCGGCCCAUUCCCACCAGAUUAUCUGACCAACCAAGGCCUGCCCAUUCCUGGAUCGCAGUCGCCCUUCCAACAAAGUUACGCGGGAUUUAAUGUGCCACCCGGAUUCGGUGGACCACAGCCACAAGGCUCUAAUCCGUUUCAGCAGUUCGGACCCGGCUUUGGGGGACCAGGACCGCAGGCAUUCGCUGACGAGCCAGAGAAACCCAUGGAGGAGGAGGUCGCCGAACCGGAGAAAUAUCCGCAGCCACAGCCUGUAGAAUCACAGGCAAGCACGGAGUCACCGAAAAGCGGCGACACCAUCUAUGGGUCAAAUGGCGGCUACGUCUAUCAGCGGGUCAAGUGA